ACUGGAAGUGUGUCUGCGCAUGCGCCGGUUUGUUGACACGUCGCUGUGGUGGAUUGUGGUGUAGGCUGGCCACAGUGAAGGCAGGAGUUUGGACUUAAAUACAUCAUAUUCACAAUUAUCCAACAUGCCUCUCCGUCUGGAUGUGAAGCGGAAGCUGACGGCAAGAUCUGACCGUGUGAAGUCAGUGGAUCUGCAUCCCACCGAGCCAUGGAUGUUGGCUUCACUCUACAAUGGCAAUGUGCACGUGUGGAAUAUUGAAAGUCAGCAGCUGGUCAAGAGCUUUGAGGUGUGUGAUCUGCCGGUGCGAGCCUCCAGGUUUGUGGCUCGCAAGAACUGGGUGGUGACGGGCUCAGAUGACAUGCAAGUACGAGUAUACAACUACAACACUUUGGAGCGAGUGCACCAGUUUGAGGCCCACUCCGAUUAUGUGAGGUGCAUCGCUGUCCAUCCCACGCAACCCUUCAUCCUCACCUGCAGCGAUGACAUGACCAUCAAACUGUGGAACUGGGACAAGAAGUGGAGUUGCCAGCAGGUGUUUGAGGGACACUCCCACUACGUGAUGCAGAUUGUUAUCAACCCCAAGGACAACAACACCUUUGCCUCCGCCUCCCUGGAUCGCACUGUCAAGGUGUGGCAGCUUGGGUCUCCACAGCCCAACUUCACCCUGGAGGGCCACCAGAGGGGAGUGAACUGUGUGGACUACUACCACGGUGGAGACAAGCCGUACCUCAUCUCAGGGGCAGAUGACAGCCUGGUCAAGAUCUGGGACUACCAAAACAAGACAUGUGUGCAAACGCUGGAGGGACACUCACAAAAUGUGUCCUCUGUGUCCUUCCACCCUGAGUUGCCAAUCAUCCUGACUGGCUCUGAAGACUGCACAGUGCGAGUAUGGCACGCCAAUACCUACCGCCUGGAGAACACCCUCAACUAUGGGUUGGACCGGGUAUGGUGCAUCUGUACCCUCAAGGGAUCCAACAAUGUGUGCUUUGGCUAUGACGAGGGCAGCGUUAUGGUCAAGGUGGGACGUGAGGAACCAGCGAUGACUAUGGAUGUGAGUGGAAAGAUUGUUUGGGCAAAGCAUUCAGAGAUCCAGCAGGCCAACCUCAAGGCCAUGGGUGAUGCAGAGCACCAGGAUGGCGAACGGCUCCCCUUGGCAGUAAAGGACCUAGGUGCCUGUGAUAUCUACCCCCAGACCAUCGCACACAAUCCUAAUGGAAGGUUUGUGGUGGUGUGUGGGGAUGGUGAAUACAUCAUCUACACUGCCAUGGCUCUGCGUAACAAGGCGUUUGGUCCUGCCCUGGAGUUUGUGUGGGCUCUUGACUCCUCAGAGUAUGCCAUUCGAGAGUCAAACUUCAGUGUCAAACUUUUCAAGAACUUUAAAGAAAAGAAGGCAUUCAAACCAGACUUUGGAUGCGAAGGUAUAUAUGGUGGCUACCUCCUGGGGUGCCGGUCUAGCACCACGGGUCUUGCCUUCUAUGACUGGGAGACACAGGAGCUGGUGCGACGCAUUGAGAUCCAGCCCCGCCUGGUGUUCUGGUCUGAGAAUGGCGACUAUGUCUGCAUUGCUACUGACACCAACUACUUCAUUCUUAAGUACAGUGCAGAGGCUGUGGCCAAUGCUAGGGAGAAAAAGGAAGGGGUAACGGAAGAUGGAAUUGAGGAUGCAUUUGACUUAGUGGGUGAGGUUCAAGAGGUAGUGAAGACUGGUAAGUGGGUCGGUGAUUGCUUCAUCUACACAAAUUCUGUCAACAGACUGAACUAUUAUGUUGGUGGUGAGAUUGUGACAAUUGCUCACUUAGACAGAACUCUCUACCUCCUUGGUUACAUUCCCAAAGAGAACCGGUUAUACCUUGGUGACAAAGAGCUCAAUGUGGUGUCUUAUGAACUCCUUGUCUCCGUGCUGGAGUACCAGACAGCCGUGAUGCGCCGUGACUUCAACACUGCAGACCGCGUUCUACCUACUAUCCCCCCUGCCCACCGGACACGUGUGGCUCACUUCCUGGAAAAACAAGGCUUCAAGAAACAGGCUCUUGCAGUGUCCACUGACCCAGAGCACAAGUUUGACUUAGCAUUGAGCCUUGGGGAGCUGGAUGUUUGCCACCAGCUGGCGGUGGAGGCAGGCUCUGAGCACAAGUGGCGGCUGGUAGCAGACUUGGCACAACAGCGGGGUGACCUGCAGAUGGCCCAGACCUGUUUGCUACGUGCCCAUGACUACCCUGGACUGCUCCUGCAAGCAACAGCCACAGGUAAUGCAUCGUUCAUCCAGGAAGUAGGAAAGGAGGCUGAAGGUCAGGGCAGGAACAAUGUAGCAUUCCUCUCUCACUUCCUCACUGGCAACCUAAAAGAGUGUCUGGAGCUGCUCAUCAAGACCAACAGGAUUCCAGAGGCAGCAUUCUUUGCCAGAACAUACAUGCCAAGCGAAAUCUCCCGUGUGGUGGAGGUGUGGAAACAGUCUGCGGGAGAGAAGAUUGCACAAACCCUGGCUGACCCAUCCCAGUAUGACAACCUCUUCCCAGGCAUUAAGGAUGCCAUGAAGACACAACAGUAUUUGGAGAAGUCCACUAAACCCAUCCCUGCUGCCUCCACCUCCUCUGUGCCUGGCAACCAUGAGCGUGACGCCUUGGAGGAGAUGCGGGCGGCAGAGGCAGCAGGAAGCUUUGUGUACCAGCCGCCAGAAGGAGAGGACCAGGAGUUUGUGGACGCUCCACAGCAGCCUGAGGGAUCAGGUUGGGACUUGCUGGAAGGGACAGGAACAGGUGCCUCAGGUGUGUUGAAGGAGGAGACAUUGUUUUCCAUGGCUGCCAGUGAACCGGUCCCUGCUACUGCCUCCACCCCUGUGUCUGCCACAGGCCCCAUGUCAGGUGACCUGCUGAUACCCACCCCUGCUGCUGCCACCACUCCCUCAGACUUAGUGAAAGAAGAUGAAGAGAAUCUACUGCUGGUGAAGGAAGAUGCAGCAAAUGUACUGACAUUAGAAGAGGAUAAAGAAAUAAUUCAGCCCGGUGCCAAAGGUAAGCUAGCACUUGGGGAAGGUGCUGAAGUUCAUUUACCAGAUGAGAAGGAUGAAAAUCUGCUCCCUGUGAGAGAAGAUGAAGAGAAUUUGCUUCCAGUAGAUGAAAAUGCAGAAAUUCCCUUUUCAAGAGGGAAAGAAAAGAUGGCAAUAGCAAUGGAGGAGGUGGAUGAUAUUUUGUUGCCAAAGACAACAGAUAAGGUGCCACAAUCACAAGAUGACUGUGUCCCAACUCUGAAAGACAAGGAGGAGGCUGAGCAGCAGCAGACCUCAGAGGCUGCAGCAGUGCCUCACCCCUCAGCCAGUGCACCCCUGGACUGGGAUGAUGAUGGAGCAGAGGGCUGGGACCCAGAGGUGGAAGAGAUGAUAGUGCACCAAGACCAUGGUGAGAGUGCUGACCAGCAAGAUAGAAGAAGUGCUCAGAAGAGUUCCUUUAACCCGUUCAAUUUAGAAUUUGAAAAGUUUUUCCCACCGGGAUUAACAUUAAAAAAGGUCCUGCCACAAGCAAGCUCUUUAGGGAUGAUCGGCCCCUCGGUGCCUCGGUGCAGAGAACCGGGCAGGGGAGGUAAUCUAGCAGGCAGUGCAUCCAGGCCCACCAUAGACCAGGCGCAGCUUGAGAGGGAGUUGGAGUUGGACAUAGAGAAGGUCCGCAUCGAAGACAACAUUGAUCCUAAUGACCUAACUGUGGAUGAAGAGGAGUUACUGGCUGACUAAGAUGCAGCUGCUGUUGGAGAGAGAGUGAGUUGGUUGCUGCUGUAGAAGGAUCAAGUGGACUGACUGCUGCAGUACAUUUGAGUUGUUGUGUAAAUAACAAGGUUAUAUAUGUGUGAAUGUGAACUCCAUAGCUUAGUGUCAAGUUUAAGGGCUUAUAAUUUUUUGCAGGCAAAACUUAAGAGAAAAACAACAGUAUCAGAUUUUUCAAAGUUUUAAAGACCCUAACAGAUCAAGACUAGAAUCUUAGGUGAGGGAGUAUUUAUAGUUGUUUUGAUCCCUUACACUGGAUAUAUUUUUAUGAAUAGGAGAGUAAUACACAUAUUGUUUUCUGUUAUUCAUUUCUUUAAACUUUCAUUCCAUGUCCUUUUUUCCUCUUUUUUAUUAUUACUUGAAAAUAAAAUAUAUCAGAGAAA